CUUUGUGCUGCAUUCACGGACCUCUGGGAGAUACGUUUGAGAACCCGUGACCUACUGCAACCAAACCAUCACUGUACUACAAAUAAGGUAGUACAGGUUAAUUAAGAGUGUAAGUACUUCUUCUGAAUACGUUUUGCCGUGUUGUCGUCUCUAGAACAAGUACAAGGAGAGUGGGAAGAAGAGCCAGGCCGUCAGCGUUUACUCCCAGCUCCCAGAGACUAACCAGAUCCAGUUUGCCAAAGCUGUUUCCGAAAUACAAAGUGAGAGCAAAUAUAAAGAAGCAGGCAGGAAAGAGGCGUCCAGCUGUCUGUAUUCGAAGCUGCCCGAGACUCGGGACACUCUGCACGCUAAGGAGGCUUCCCAGCUGCAGAGUCAGGUGAAGUAUAAACAGGACAGUCAGACGGAGACGAGCGCGUCUCUGUAUCACCAGCUAGCUGAAACCACCGAGACGCAGCUGGCCAAAGAGCAGAGAGACCUCUCCAGCCAGGUGAAGUAUAAAGAAGAGGGGAAGAAGGAGAUGGGGAAGAACUUGUACUCGCUCCUCCCUGAGACGGCAGAGACCCACUUUGCCAAGCACAUGUCGGAGAUACAGAGUCAGGCGAAGUACCAGAAGGAGCGAGAGGAUCUGGCCGCCCCGUUGUUCUCUCUGCUGCCGGAGACUCUGGAGACUCAGUUUGUGAAGGAGAUGGCCGAGACCCACAGCCAGGUCAAGUACAAGGAGGCAGGGAAGAAGGAAGCCAGCAGCGCUCUGUACCACCGGCUGCCUGAGACUCUGGAGACGCAGCGAGUUAAAGAGGUCACGGAGCUGCAGAGCGAGAACAAGUACAAGCAGAGCGGGAAGAAGUCAAUGUCGUCCAGUCUGUACGCUCAGCUGCCGCAGACGGCCGAGACGCAGCUCGCCGCCAAGAUGUCCGACCUGCACAGCGAGAGUAAAUACAAAGAGGACGGGAUCCGGAGCCGCUCGCACAGCUUCUACUCUCAGCUUCCAGAAACCGCAGAGACCGCGCUCGCUAAAAGCGUCUCCGAGCUGCAGAGCGAGGCCAGGUACAAGGAGGCGAGCAGGAAGGAUGCGAGCAGCUGUCUGUACCACCAGCUUCCUGAAACUCUGGAGACGCUACACGCUAAAGAGGCGACCGAGCUGCAGAGUCAGCUGAAGUACAAGGAAGGAGGUCAGAAAGAGCGGAGCAGCAGCCUGUACUCGGCGCUGCCGGAGACCGAAGAGAUGAAGGUCGCCAAAGCCGCCAUGGAGCUUCAGAGUGAGAAUAAAUACAAGCAGAAAGGCAGACAGGAGAUCAGCUGCAGUGUUUUCCACCAAAUGGCGGAGACCAAAGAGACGGAGUUUGUUAAGCACAUCUCUGAACUUCAGAGCCAGACGAAGUACCAGAAGGAGCGAGAGGAUCUGGCCGCCCCGUUGUUCUCUCUGCUGCCGGAGACUCUGGAGACUCAGUUUGUGAAGGAGAUGGCUGAGACCCACAGCCAGAGUAAAUACAAGGAGGCGGGGAAGAAGACGCUGGUGAACUGUCUGUACUCUCUGCUGCCUGAGACCAAAGACACUCAACAUGCCAAGGAGCAGAGCCAGCUGCACAGCGAGAAAGCGUACAGGGAGGAGGGUAAGAAGGAGGCCGGCUGCAGUCUGUACGCCCAGAUGCCCCAAACCAUCGAGACCGUCUUCGCCAAAGAGCUGACCAAGACGCAGAGCGAUAAGGUGUAUAAGGAGAAGUAUAACCGUGAGAAGGGGAAGUCCAGCUACACCAACAUGAAAACUCUGCCGGAGGUGGAGCACGCCAUGGAGGUCAACAAGAACCAGAGCGAUGUCGGCUACCGAAAAGGCAAAGAGGAGCUUCAUCACUACAACCUGGCGGCAGACAGAGCUGACAUCAUCAACGCCACCAACGCCUCCAAACUGGCCAGCAACGUAGCCUAUAAGAGUAACACCAAGCAGCAAGUUUACAGUGACGGCUUUCUUUUGGCCAGAACUGACAUCCAGCACGCCAAGGAGGUUUCAAAGCUGGCCAGCCAGGUGAAGUAUAAGGAGAGCUUCGACAGACAUUUAAAGGGCCAGCGUCCUCGUUACAACCCGCUGGACUGUCUGUCCUUCAGACACACACAGGCUGCUGCUGCUCUGGCCAGUCAGGUGAAGUAUAAAACCAAGCCGAGCCAGAGAGCCGAGGGCUCCGCAGACCUGCCCAACCUGCUGCAGCUGGAGCACGUCCUGCACGCCAGCAAGCUGCAGAGCGACGUGGAGUACAGGAAGGAGUACAAGCAGGCCAAGGCUCAGUACCACACGGCUCUGGACACGGCUGAACAGCUCCACCACCGGGAGAACGCAGUGCUGCACAGCCAGGUGAAGUACAGAGAGGAGUACGAGAGGAACAAAGGUCGCUCUCAGAUGGACUUUGAAGACACUCAGACGUACAAAGUGACUAAAGAAGCCCAGAAGAUGCAAAGCGAGAGAGAGUACCGGAGGGAGUACGAGGAGCAGAUUAAGGGUACAGGCCUGGUGGAUGCAGACCAGACCCCCGCAUACCUGACAGCCUGCCACGCUAGCAGCCUGCUGAGCGAGAGAGAGUACCGGAGGGAGUACGAGGAGCAGAUUAAGGGUACAGGCCUGGUGGACGCAGACCAGACCCCCGCAUACCUGACAGCCUGCCACGCUAGCAGCCUGCUGAGCGAGAAGGCGUACAGGAAGGACUUGGAGCAGGAAGUUAAGGGGCGGGGCUUAUCCGGCGUCGGGCUGGAGGAAACACCUGAGCUGCUGAGGGUUAAAAAUGCCAAUCAGAUACUGAACGAGAAGGAGUACCGCAGGGAUUUAGAGACGGACAUCGUGGGUAAAGGCAUGGAGCUGAGCGCCAACGUUCUCGAUAUGCAACGAGCCAAAAGAGCCUCAGAGAUCCUGAGGUCCAACAAGCAGACGGAGCAGCUCAGAGAAAACUCCUACGGGACGGUUACAGACACUCCUGAACUUCUGCACGCCUCCUACCUCAAAGACGUCUACAGCCAGAAGAAGUAUAAGCACGAAGCGGAGCGUCUGAAGGGACGCUACAGUCUGGUGUCAGAGACACCAGAGAUGGAGAGAGUCAAAGCCAACCAGAGACACAUCAGCUCUCUGCGCUACUGCUGGGACUCCAAGCUGAUGAGAGGCCUGAUGUCUUCGGUCACAGAGACGCCAGAGAUCGUCCUCGCCAGAGAGAACGCCAAGAAGAUCAGUGAUGUCGAGUACCGAGAGGAAGUGGGUCACGGUACCGCCGUCAGGGACACGCCAGAGAUGGAGCGAGUCCGACGCAACCAGGAGAACAUCAGCUCAGUCAAGUACAAGCAGAGUGCAGUGAAGGCCUCCAGCGUCGGAGUGACUCCAGAACUGGAGAGAGUCCGACAGAACCAGGAGAACAUCAGCUCGGUGAGGUACCAGCGCGGGCUGCAGGAGAUGAGGGGGCGGAGCCUCAGCGAGCUGGACACACCUGAGUACAGGCGUGUCAGGAAGUCACAGGACUCUGUCUCCAUGGCCAAGUACCACGAGGACUUUGAGCGGGCACGCGGCCGAGGCUGCACGCCAGGAUUGGACGAGCCCAGCAUGGAACGCUACCAGAGAGCCAAUCAGAUGAUCGCAGAGGCGGGAUACAGCAAAGGGAUCCACCCCCAGGCGAUGGAGAUGGACAGACGACCGGGGGGCAUCAUCGUAGACCUGAAGGUGUGGAGGACGGACCCCGGCUCCAUCUUUGACUUUGACCCUCUGGAGGACAACAUCCAGUCCAAGAGCCUCCGCAGGAUGUCUGAGCGGGCCGAAAGCAGACUCAGCCGGCAGCACUCGCAGCAGUCUGUCAGCCACAGCCGGGCGCAGUCGGUCAGCUCCCUGACCUCUGACCUCUGGGACCGCAGCAGCUCCGAAACGCCCGCUCCAGUCCUCCCUGGAGCGUACCAUCAGGGCAUCCACAUGCACCAGCACCAGCAGCAGCAGCAGUAUCACGGCUACAUGCACCAGACCAGCAUGUCGUCCGUCAGAUCCGUCACCUCCCCCCCGCACUCCGCCACAAUGCGUGUUUACCGGGCGCUGUACGACUACGCGGCGCAGGACCACGACGAGGUCUCCUUCAGGGACGGAGACGUCAUCGUCAACGCUCAGCCCAUCGACGAGGGCUGGAUGUACGGCACCGUGCAGCGCACCGGCAAGUCUGGCAUGCUGCCGGCGAACUACGUGGAGUGCUGCAACUAGAGGAGAGAGGAGAGAGGUAGAGAGGUAGAGAGGGAGAGAGGUAGAGAGGGAGAGAGGUAGAGAGGUAGAGAGGGAGAGAGGUAGAGAGGGAGAGAGGUAGAGAGGGAGGAAGGGAGAGGGACAGGGGGGAGAAAUGGUAAAAAUGUGAUGAAUGAAAUCCGCCCUUGCUGUUAAAAAGUCAGCAGUCGGUGAUGUUCCUUGCAUUUCAGGGAUGGUUUACAUUUUUUGGAUGUUUCAAAUACAGACAAAAAUGUGUUUUUGUUUUUUUUUUAAAUCAGGAAAUAGACCAGAAUGCAAUGCAGCUACAGGGACAAGGAGCUGUGUUGGAGACCGUUUCCAUAUCACAGAAAUAGUUCCCUAUAUAGUGCGUUCGGCAUUUUGUACAGUAGUGGUGUUCGAAUCCUCCGCGGUCACUAUAUAGUCCUAUUAUGAAAUACCCACAAUGCACUGCUAAUUUGAGUGUACAUACGAUGUACAGUACAGGCCAAAAGUUUGGACACACUUUCUCAUUCAUUUUUUUUUUUU